AUGAGCGACGACGAGGAGCCGAGUGACCCUGAUAAGUCGCCAAAGCCAGAAAGCUCGAAAACGAUGUGGGAACGGAUGGAUGAGAUUAGAGAGAAUCGAGAAUCGCGAAAAAGACGGAUGUCGAAGCGCAGGGAGAGUAUCGAGUUGUGUCAACUCGGCCCCGGUGCUCGAGUGAUGUUUUUGCUGAAAGAAUCCGAUCAACCGCCGUCGCUUUUCACGGAAAUGGCCGAAUUGCAGAAAGAUGGUUGGAGAGAAUCGGCAAGAUGGGUCAAAUUCGAGGAAGUCGUUGAGCAGGGCGGUAAUCGUUGGUCAAAACCACACGUGGCCACUCUGUCCCUUCAUGCACUCUUUCAACUCCGAUCUUGUCUUUUAAAUGGAUCAUUGUUGAUUGAUAUGCCACAAACGGAUCUCCCGUCGAUCGUUGAAGCCCUCCUGGACGUGUGGUUAGACGCCGGGGAUAUCGAUCCGGCCGACCGGGACGAACUGGCUGAAAUCCUCAAUCGGCCGCACGUACAUCAGUAUGAACAGGCCAAGAAAAACGGCUCCACCGGCGAGCAGGGCGGUUUCCUCAACGCCGUGCGCUCCAUCUCCGACAUUGGCAAAUCCUUCUCUCACGGGAAAAAUCUCGGAAAACUUGGCACCGAGCACCAAACCGGCACGACACUGGAAUUGCCAAAGGUGGAUUCCCAGCCAACGGAUAUGUCGAAAAAUGGCUCGAAUUCAGAUGUUUCUUUCAAGGGAAACACGCAUUUUUUGAAGAAAUUACCCCCAGGCAGCGAGGCGGGCAAUGUGCUCAUUGGAGAGUGUGAAUUCCUGCCACGCCACGUCGCCGCAUUCAUCCGACUGAAGAACGCGACGGUUUUGGGUGAUAUGUCAGAGGUGCAAGUCCCCACUCGGUUUAUCUUCAUUUUGUUGGGUCCAACCGGGCAUGGGACUCAAUACAACGAGAUUGGGAGAGCCAUCGCCACACUGUUGAGCGAUGAUGUUUUCCACGACGUUGCCUACAAAGCGCGAAAUAAGGACGAUCUCUUGGACGGAGUGGAUGAAUUUCUGGAUCAAGCCACAGUUUUGCCACCAGGAGAAUGGGACCCAAAAAUUCGAAUCGAUCCGCCGACAAAGAUCCCAUCGCAGGAACAACGAAAGCACGUUGGGCAGGAGCUACUCUUCGAGGCGCUCACUGAUAAAGCAAUUGGGAAGAUGAAAGCGCCGGAAGAGGAGGAGGAAGGGUCACACGGUAACGAUCCAGCCUUGCAACGAACCGGGAAAUACUUUGGUGGACUCAUUCUCGACAUUAAACGAAAGCUCCCGCACUACAUCUCUGACUACACAGAGGCGAUAAAUAUGCAGUGCUUGGCCACAAUUUGCUUCAUGUAUUUCGCUUUAUUGGCUCCAAUUGUGACAUUCGGUGGUUUACUUGAAGAGGCCACACAUCAAAGAAUGGCUGCGCUCGAGAAUCUCUUUGGAGGCGCAAUCUGCGGGAUUAUUUACCAUCUCUUCUCCGGCCAACCACUAACAAUCAUCGGCUCAACUGGUCCCGUUUUGGUCUUCGAAACGAUUGUUUACGAUAUGAGCACUUUGAUGGGGAUUAAAUAUCUCUCAUUUCGUUUCUGGAUUCACAUCUGGACAGCAUUCAUUCUUUUCUUGAUGGUUUUCACCGAUGCCUCGUCUUUGGUUUCCUACAUCACCCGUUUCACCGAGGAGUCCUUCGCAACACUAAUCGCCGUCAUUUUCAUCUACGAAGCCGUGAUGAAACUUUGGAAGAUCACCGGUCAACUUGAUAUUAUUAAUUACGAUCGAUUUAUAAAAGAUGGCCGAUGUGAUUGUGUGAUGCCGACGAUAAAGCCUGACGAUUUGCAGAAACAUUUCGAGAAAGCUGUUGGAGUUAUUGUGAAGAAAGGAUGGGAAAUCCCGCACAAUCAAACUUUUAUCGAUUAUUCAAAGGUCGGUUUGGAUCAGUGUCGAGCUUUACUUGGCACUUUCGAGGGCAAUACUUGCUAUCCAUUGUACGACAAAUUGCUGAUGUCAAUCCUGUUAUCACUUGGCACUUUCUUCAUAGCCAUCAAGCUAAAGGGUAGCCGUAACGCGAGCUAUUUCCCAGCAAAAGUUCGUCAAAUUGCCUCAGAUUUUGCCGUUUUUUUCGCGAUUGUUAUCAUGACGGGAGUGGAUAUUUUCUGCGGAAUCAACACGCCAAAGUUGAACGUGCCAAGCACAUUCAGGCCAACUUGGGAGGGUCGUGGCUGGGUGGUUUUCCCGUUUGACGGCAAUCCUUGGUGGUCAGCUCUAGUCGCUUUCGUGCCAUCCCUUCUCGCUUGUAUCCUCAUUUUCAUGGAUCAACAAAUCACCGCCGUCAUCGUCAAUCGAAAAGAGAACAAGCUGAAGAAAGGUUGUGGCUAUCAUUUGGAUCUUCUCGUCUUAGCUGCUUUGAUUCUAAUGGUCGGUUGGUUAGGCCUACCAGUUUACGUAGCGGCCACAGUCCUCUCCAUCAAUCACAUCAAUUCCCUAAAGGUGGAAAGUGAGAGCAAAGCGCCUGGCGAAGUGGCUCAAUUCAUUGGAGUUCGAGAGCAACGCGUCACUGGAAUCGUCACUUUCAUACUGAUCGGAUUGUCGGUGUUGAUGACAAAGUUAUUGGGGCACAUCCCGAUGCCUGUCCUCUACGGUGUUUUCCUUUACAUGGGCAUUGCUGCAUUGGGCGGCAUUCAGCUAUGGGAUCGAAUUUUGUUGUUCUUGAUGCCAAUGAAAUACCAACCGGACACCAUCUACAUCAGACACGUGCCAAUCAAGAAAAUCCAUCUAUUCACGUUCUUCCAGUGCGUUUGUUUGGCCGGUUUAUGGACGGUGAAAUCGAUCAAGAUCACGUCGAUUCUCUUCCCGAUUAUGUUAGUGGUGAUGGUCGGUGUGAGGAAAGUGAUCGAGCGUUUCUUCACCGAGAAAGAUCUCAAAUAUUUGGACGAUCCAAUGCCCGAUUUCCAUUUGAGAAAGAAAGAGGAUUUGAAGAGGAGACAGUCUGAGGGUGAAGAGAUCGAGAUCGAGACAAACGACGAGCACCAAACGACGAUUCGAGCCGUUAAAACCGAGGCACACUUGCACAUUCCGACUGCAUCAGGGAAUGUGAUCAAGAUCCCGCUAGCCGCCAUCCAAGAGCCCAGUCAUCAAAUCAACAUUAGUAAAGAGUUGAAUUCCUCUGGUAUGUGGAAGCAUAUUUCAUCUCGUGACUCGAAAACUUCUCUUCAAAAAGAGGCUAAAGAUGGAAAAGAGAGAGAUCAACAACAGCAACAUAUUGCGACACCAGAAGAGGAAGAAGAUGCUAUUAUGAUCAAGGUGAUUCGUCCAUCUCCGCAUUCGUCGAAUAUGAAUCUCGAGAAAACGGAAACCGAGCCACUACUGGAGAAAAAAGAUGAGAAA